AUGAUCGAAAAGGCGAAACAAAAAGCACAUAUAAACAUAGUCAUUAUGAAUGGGAGAAUGUAUAUAGAAAAGUUUAAAGAGGCAUUCCAAACUAGAGAUACUGUGACAAUAUGGGGGAUUUUGCAGCUUCUUAGGUUGUACCCUGGGAAGCUACCGGACUUGGAUUUAAUGUUUGAAUGUGGUGACACGCCGAAGAUCCGAAAACAAGAUUAUGCAAGAUCAAAUGCUGCGUAUCCUCUCCCGCCCCUGUUUCAUUACUGUGGAGAUGACUCGAGUUUUGAUAUUGUUUUUCCCGACUGGUCCUUUUGGGGUUGGCCAGAGCUUAAUAUCAAGCCAUGGGAUAUCUUGAAAAAGGACUUGCAAGAAGGCAAUAGUAGAAUCAAAUGGAGUGACAGGGAAACUUAUGCUUAUUGGAAAGGUAACGCCAAGGUAUCCGCCGCGAGAUACGAGUUAGUGAAAUGCAAUGCCUCUGAAUGGAAUACUCGAAUUGACCAAGUGGAUUGGGGACAUGAGAUAAAACAUGGAUUUGAAACUGCAGAUUUAGCAAGCCAAUGCACUUAUAGAUACAAAAUUUAUGCUGAAGGGGUGGCAUGGUCUGCACAAGAGAUUGGAAAAACAGGGAGCAAAUAUGUUCAAGAACAACUGAGAAUGAAAUAUGUUUAUGACUACAUGUUUCAUUUGCUAAAUGAAUAUUCUAAGCUUCAGAAAUAUAAACCAACUGUACCAAAAGGGGCUGUCGAAGUGUGCACAGAGACAAUGGUUUGUUCUGUCGAAGGUUUGAUGAAGAAAUUUAGGAUUGAUUCAAUGGUAAAAGAUCCUGCAGAUUCAUCUCCAUGCACAAUGCCUUCCUCCUAUUAUCCUGCAGAACUUGAAGAUUUUCUUGAAAUGAAAGAGAAUCUAACUAAGCAAGUACAGGAUUGGGGAUAUGAGAUAAAACACGGAUUUGAAACUGCAGAUUUAGCAAGCCAAUGCACUCACAGAUACAAAAUUUAUGCUGAAGGGGUGGCAUGGUCUGUCAGCGAAAAAUACAUUUUAGCAUGUGAUUCUAUGAGUCUGAUGAUAAACUCUCGUUACUAUGAUUUUUUCACAAGAAGUUUGCUUCCCACAAUCCAUUACUGGCCUAUUAAUGAGAAAGACAAGUGUAAAUCAAUCAAAUUCGCAGUCAAAUGGGGCAACAAACAUAUGAAAAAGGCACAAGAGAUUGGAAAAACAGGAAGCAAAUAUGUUCAAGAAAAACUGAGAAUGAAAUAUGUUUAUGACUACAUGUUCCAUUCGCUAAAUGAAUAUUCUAAGCUUCAGAAAUAUAAACCAACUGUACCAAAAGGGGCUGUCGAAGUGUGCUCGGAGACAAUGGUUUGUUCUGUCGAAGGUUCGAUGAAGAAAUUUAGGAUUGAUUCAAUGGUGAAAGAUCGUGCAGAUUCAUCUCCAUGCACAAUGCCUUCCUCCUAUUAUCCUACAGAACUUGAAGAUUUUCUUGAAAUGAAAGAGAAUCUAACUAAGCAAGUUAGAAUGUUGGAAGAAAAUGAAAGUAUUGGAAUCUCAACCAUUAAAAUUUAA